AAGGGAAUUUUGUGUAGAGAGUCCGAAUCGCUAUUUGUUCUUACACCUGCCAUUGCGGUGUUCUUCAAAAUCUCGAACAAGGAAGUAAGGAGAGGAAGCAUGAUGAUGAGCCUGACGGUGGAUGAAUCCCGGACUCUCUACUCUUUGCUAGCAGGAGGAGAUCACCGUUCAUUUCUGGAUAUCAUCUCCGAUUUUAACUCCAAGAUCCCUCGCACUCGUCACUUUGUUGCUUGUUAUUCUCUCGUUAUUCUGUUGGAGCGCAAGAAGUUGCUACAUGCCACACAACGUUUGGUGGGAUUUUCCAUUCUUCACCAGACAUAUUCCUCGCAGAAAUCAUCUUCCAAUCCGUUUAUAUCUUUUAUUGUGAAUGCUGCUUCAGAUGAGGAAGCUGAAAAAUAUGAGAGGGCAUUUGUUUUCCAGCUUUUAGCGACAGACAGCUCCAGUGGUGGCAAAGAGUUCCUGAAACAGUCUGCUUCCGAUUACAUUAAAGGUUUCGACCCUUCAUUGCAUGCUUUCCCUCAGCUAGAGCAACUGCAGCAACAGUUUUGUGAUAAAUCUCAAGGUCAAUCGUUUGAUUGCUUUUUGAAAGAUUGUUCUGUGAGAAAUGUGGUUCCAGACCCUGAUGUCCCACUGGGUUGUGAUGCAAACUCGGCAGAGUUUGACCUGUUACCUGGAGUGGUUCCUAAAUUGGGAUCUGGAGAUAGAGAUGAGACAUUGCUGGGGUUAUUGUCCAAUUUGUCACUUAAAGGAUCAAGUCCCGAGUGGAUUAGGCCUCUUCCACCAAGGCUUCCGAUACAGAAUGGAGAGUUAGUGUGGUUGAACCUUGACGAUCGUCAUGAACUUUUAUGGGACCAUGCAAUGUGUGUUGACACUAGUAGAGGCGCAGCUGUGAGGGACUUAAUUGCAAAAGCUCUGAAAGGGCCUCUUAUACCUUCUCAACAAGAGCAAGUGGUGGUGGAGUUGGCAAACGACCCAAAGCUUGUAUAUCAUUGUGGACUGACACCCCGAAAGCUUCCUGAAUUGGUGGAAAACAAUCCUCUUAUUGCAGUUGAAGUUCUAAAGAAAUUGAUUAAUUCCCCUGAAAUUGCAGAGUACUUUACUGUGCUUGUUAAUAUGGACAUGAGUUUACACUCUAUGGAAGUUGUCAACAGGCUAACGACAGCUGUUGAACUUCCCUCUGAGUUCAUACACAUGUACAUCACUAAUUGUAUAUCAUCGUGUGAGGGCAUUAAAGAUAAGUACAUGCAGAACAGAUUAGUUCGGCUUGUAUGUGUUUUUCUACAGAGUUUAAUUCGAAAUAACAUCAUCAACGGUAAGUUCCUCUCAGCUGCUUGAACUUAAGUCAUUAUA